AUGGCUUCAGCACGAAAUCUUUGUCAACAUUCAGAUAUUGAUGGUAUACAAUGUACAUCAAAUGAUUAUGUUCUUUGUCCUCAUUGUCAAUUACAAGUAUGUCUUAAACAUUUAAAUUUUCAUCAAGAUAUACUUCGGUCAGAUUUAUUUCAUUUAUUUGAUAAUAUAAAUCAUGUUCGUAUAAAUCUUGAUAAUUUAAUAUUUGAUCCAACAAAUUAUCGUGCUGAAUUAUUUGAAAAAUUAGAUAAUUGGUAUAAUGAACGAUCAAAUCUAUUAAAUAAAAUCUAUUCAGAUAAAAAACAACAAUUACAAAUUUUAUGUUUACAAGCACAUAUGGAAUUUGAUACAUAUAAAACAAAAAAAGAUUUACAAUUAAAAGAUAAUUUAUUAAAACAAUUUAAAAAAGUUUCUAAACAAAAACAAAUACAUAUUGAUGAUAUAAAUGAUAUGAAAAAUAAAUUAAAUGAUAUUGAAACAGGUUUAGAUGAACUUAAACAAUUACUUAUUGAUAUUUAUCCUGAUACAACAAAUAUGGAUAUUCAUAUUGUUAAAAGACGUUAUGUCGAAGCAACUAGGCCAUCAUUUAAUAUUGAUGAUGAUGAUAAUCUAUGGGACAUAGAAGAUGAUGAUGAUGACGACGAUGAUGAUGAAAAAAUGCAAUCAUCGGAUGAUAUUCAAAUUAUUGGAGAAUUUUCAAAUACAGAUCAAUAUCCAUCUUCACCUGAUAUUAUUUUAUUACCAUCACCGAAAUCUUCGUCAAUUCCUAUGACUUCAUGUUCAUCGAAAACAACAACCAUUAGUAAAAAAGAACCAUUAAAAUUUAUUAUUAAACGUUUACAACACUCAACUACACCAAAUCAAGUCAAAUAUAAGUUACAGACGGUACCGACAUCAUCAGUACUACUAACGUGA